AACAUCGGAAAUGUUGCAGUUGAUUCAAAUGAAUGGAUCCUUGCCUUUUUGUGCUAUUUCUUUCUUUCUGUUCUUUGUCUCAUUCCAAUUUUUCUUUAAUUUUUCCCAACAAUUUACACGUGAACAAUCCGGACGAGAAUAUAUAUCAAGGACAGAUUCACCGCGUUAGAAGUCAGAGGACACUGUGUUUGUCUGCUACCUUUUUUUGUCUUUUUCAUUCAUUUGACGGUUGAUGUAAUCUGCGUUUGUUUCGAUAAGUAAUAUACGUGAUCAGGAAUCAAAAGGAGAAUCGAAGAUGGGUUCGUUGAAGGAACAAGAAGUGGGGAAGCUGGAAGAGGAGGCAGUCUUGUACGUCAAUGGAGUUCGCAAAGUGUUGCGUGAUGGACUUGCCCACUUGACUCUUCUCGAGUAUCUUAGAGACAUCGGCUUGACUGGGACAAAGCUUGGAUGUGGUGAAGGUGGUUGUGGGGCUUGCACUGUGAUGGUGUCUCAGUAUGAUAGAAGUUUGAAGAAAUGUGUGCAUUAUGCUGUGAAUGCAUGCUUGGCUCCACUGUAUUCCUUUGAAGGGAUGCAUGUGAUCACAGUGGAGGGACUUGGAAACCAUAAACGAGGCUUGCACCCAAUACAAGAAUCUAUGGCUCUUUCUCAUGGCUCCCAAUGUGGAUUUUGCACCCCUGGUUUCAUUAUGUCAAUGUAUGCACUUUUAAGAUCUAGCCAAACGCCUCCCAGUGAAGAGCAAAUUGAAGAAUGCCUUGCAGGAAACUUGUGUCGAUGCACCGGUUAUAGACCAAUUGUUGAUGCAUUUCGAGUUUUUGCCAAGACGGAUAAUGUCCUAUAUACCAAUACGUCCUCACUAGAUUCUCGAGGAGGUGACUUUAUCUGCCCUUCUACUGGUAAGCCAUGUUCAUGUGGAUCAAAAACUCUUAAUGAUACAAACACCUGUGAAGGACGUAAUGCUGGUGGCAACAGAUAUGAACCUGUCUCCUACAGUGAGAUAGAUGGAAGCAAGUAUACAGAAAAAGAGCUUAUUUUUCCUCCCGAGCUCUUGUUAAGAAAAUUGACGCCCUUAAAUUUGAAUGGAUUUGGGGGGCUUAAGUGGUUUCGACCCUUAAAGCUUGAACAUGUGCUGGAGUUAAAAGAGAAAUACCCAGAUGCUAAGUUUUUAGUGGGUAAUACCGAGGUUGGAAUUGAAAUGAGGUUAAAGAGAAUCCAGUACAAGGCUUUGGUCUCUGUUACACGUGUACCUGAACUCAAUAUCCUGAAAGUCAAUGAUGAUGGCAUAGAGAUAGGUGCUGCAAUAAGACUAACUGAACUUCUACAGAUUUUCAGAAAGGCAGUAAUUGAGCGUGCUGCUCAUGAAACAUCAUCUUGUAAGGCCUUCAUUGAACAACUAAAGUGGUUUGCUGGGACGCAGAUAAAAAAUGUUGCAUCUAUUGGAGGAAAUAUAUGUACAGCCAGUCCAAUAUCCGACUUGAACCCACUGUGGAUGGCUUCAAGAGCGAUGUUUCGAAUCAUCGAUUGCAAAGGGAAUAUUAGAACAACUCUGGCGGAGAAUUUCUUUCUGGGCUAUCGUAAGGUGGAUUUGUCUAGUAAUGAAAUUUUACUCUCGGUUUUAUUACCCUGGACUAGGCCUCUUGAGUAUGUGAAAGAAUUUAAGCAGGCUCAUCGUAGGGAUGAUGACAUUGCAAUUGUAAAUGCUGGAAUGCGUGUUUGUCUCGAAGAAAAGGGGGAUGCAUUGGUUGUUUCAGAUGCAUCAAUUGUCUAUGGUGGGGUAGCUCCUCUGUCGUUGUCAGCAAGAAAAGUAAAAGAAUUUCUGAUUGGGAAAAAUUGGGGCCAGGAACUAUUGCGGGGUUCUUUGAAAGUCUUACAAGCGGACAUCUUCCUUCACGAAGAUGCUCCUGGAGGAAUGGUUGAGUUCAGGAAAUCCUUAACACUUAGCUUCUUCUUCAAGUUUUUCCUAUGGGUUUCGCACCACAUGAAUGACAAGAAACCCAUCAAGGGAAGUCUACCUUUGACUCAUUUGUCGGCUGUUGAACCAUUCCACAGACCAUCAGUUAUAGGAAGUCAGGACUAUGAAAUCAUGAAACAUGGAACAUCUGUUGGCUCUCCUGAGGUUCAUCUCUCAUCAAGACUUCAGGUUACAGGUGAAGCCGAUUAUGCUGAUGACAUUGCAAUGCCUCCUAAUGGGUUGAAUGCUGCAUUGGUAUUGAGCAGAAAACCUCAUGCCCGAAUACUUUCAAUAGAUUAUUCAGCAGCCGAAUCUUCACCUGGGUUUGCGGGUAUAUUUCUUGCCAAAGAUGUACCAGGAGAUAAUCAUAUCGGAGCUGUUAUUGCCGAUGAGGAACUAUUUGCUUCACAGAUUGUCACUUGUGUAGGUCAGGUCUUAGGGGUGGUUGUUGCUGAUACACAUGAAAAUGCAAAAUUAGCAGCGAGAAAAGUCCAUGUUGAGUAUGAAGAGCUUCCAGCAAUCUUGUCUAUAGAGAAAGCAAUUGAUGCUAAGAGUUUCCAUCCUGACACAGAAAGAUGUUUGAGAAAGGGUGAUGUUGAUCUCUGUUUUAAGUCAGGUCAGUGCGACAAAAUCAUUGAGGGUGAAGUCCAUGUGGGUGGCCAGGAACACUUUUACUUGGAGCCUCAAAGCAGUUUAAUUUGGACAAUAGACAGUGGCAAUGAAGUUCAUAUGAUUUCAUCCACCCAAGCCCCUCAAAAGCAUCAGAAAUAUGUUUCUCAUGUUCUUGGUCUUCCAAUGUCCAAAGUAGUCUGUAAAACUAAACGAAUUGGGGGCGGCUUUGGUGGCAAGGAGACAAGAUCAGCUUUUAUUGCGGCGGCGGCUUCUGUACCCUCUUACCUGUUGAAUCGUCCUGUAAAAAUCACAUUAGAUAGAGACAUAGACAUGAUGAUUACUGGACAGCGUCAUAGUUUCCUUGGAAAGUACAAGGUUGGGUUUACAAAUGAGGGAAGGUUACUCGCGCUGGAUCUUCAAAUCUACAACAAUGCUGGAAAUUCAUUAGAUCUGUCUCUUGCUAUACUUGAACGUGCUAUGUUUCACUCGGAUAAUGUCUAUGAGAUACCAAAUAUGAGGGUUAUGGGAAGAGUUUGCUUUACUAAUUUUCCAAGUCACACUGCCUUCCGAGGAUUUGGAGGUCCUCAAGGAAUGCUUAUAGCUGAGAACUGGAUUCACAGGAUAGCUGUUGAACUUCAUAAAAACCCAGAAGAGAUAAGGGAAAUAAAUUUUCAGACUGAAGGGGCAAUUUUACAUUAUGGCCAGCAACUUCAACACUUUACACUACCCCCACUUUGGAAUGAACUGAAGCUAUCAUGCAACUUUGUGGAGGCUCGCAAAGGAGCUGAAAAGUUCAACCUUCAGAAUCGGUGGAAGAAGCGUGGAGUUGCCAUGGUUCCAACAAAGUUUGGCAUAUCCUUUACCGCAAAGUUCAUGAAUCAGGCAGGUGCACUUGUUCAUGUUUAUACAGAUGGAACUGUUUUAGUUACACAUGGAGGAGUGGAGAUGGGGCAAGGCCUACAUACUAAAGUUGCUCAGAUUGCUGCUUCAGCUUUCAAUAUCCCUCUCUCUUCUGUAUUUAUAUCAGAGACGAGUACUGAUAAGGUUCCUAAUGCCUCUCCCACAGCAGCUUCUGCGAGUUCUGAUAUGUAUGGAGCUGCAGUUUUGGAUGCAUGUGAACAGAUAAUAGCAAGGAUGAAGCCUAUUUCUUCAACGCAUAAUUAUACAUCUUUCGCAGAGCUGGCAACUGCAUGCUACGUGGAGAGAAUAGACCUUUCUGCCCACGGAUUUUACAUUACUCCAGAUAUUGGAUUUGAUUGGAAAGAGGGUAAAGGAAUUCCAUUUAGAUACUUCACCUACGGGGGUGCAUUUGCGGAGGUUGAAAUUGACACAUUGACGGGAGAUUUCCACACUAGGACGGCAAAUAUUAUCUUGGAUCUUGGAUAUUCUCUCAAUCCUGCCAUUGAUGUUGGACAGAUUGAAGGGGCAUUUAUACAAGGCUUGGGUUGGGUCGCUCUGGAGGAACUUAAGUGGGGGGAUGCAGCUCACAAGUGGAUCCCACCUGGUUGCCUGUAUACAUGUGGACCUGGAAGUUACAAAAUACCUUCCAUAAAUGAUGUCCCAUUCAAGUUCAAUGUUUCACUCCUGAAGGGUCAUCCAAACGUAAAGGCUAUUCAUUCAUCGAAAGCUGUGGGCGAGCCUCCAUUUUUCCUGGCUUCAGCAGUCUUCUUUGCCAUCAAGGAUGCUAUCAUGGCUGCAAGAGUAGAAACCGGACAUAAUGAGUGGUUCCCUCUUGAUAAUCCAGCAACACCUGAAAGAAUCCGCAUGGCUUGUUUAGAUGAAUUUAUCACGCCAUUUGUGGGCGCUGAUUUCCGCCCCAAACUUAGCUUUUGAUAUGCUGGUGGAACUCUAGCUCAUAACAAUAUUUGUAAUGGACAAUGCUUAAAUCAGCACAAUGAAGUUGAUGUAUUGGAGAAGUGUUGAGAUGGAAGUAACCAAAUUACUUCCAAAUGUCCUGACAUAAAUACUGCUUGGUUCUCUUUAAGAUUUCCAGUGCCACAGUACAUUCUGAAGAGAGUUGAUGCACAAGUUUCUCUUUUGAUAAUGUUUGUAGUAUGUAUCUUGGAAUC